GACAGGAUGCGUGGUUGGCAAGACGAAAAAGCCGCGUCCGAGGUUGUGGACGCUUCCAGACACAAGACUGAUUUAUGCAGCAGGCGCUCCUUGGCUGCAUCUGCAAUGCUAGCUCAAGGCGAGAAUGCUUUGGGCACGUUGCCAUCUGCGUCCACAGUCAUCCUGGCACAACUGCCAUGAGACUGCCCCGUUCUGAAAGGAAUAGAAGAUGGCUGCCCGCCGAUCGCUCAGGCCCUCGCUACUCGCACCUGCCGGUGGAAAAGGAAAGUAUCAGCAACGUUCUCACACCUACACUGUCCUUAUUGGUCAACACCACCACAUAUUUCAUGCAUUCUGCUUACCAGGAGACAUCAUUUGUGUUGGCAACAGUAGGUGAGAGGUAAAUAAAAAAUAAAGUACACAUUAAUUUAAAAGCCUUCAUCUUCACUACAUUGUGCAACAUGAGGAUGCCUUUCCAAAGGAAUGUAGCCAAUGCCAUCUGCAAGCACAUUGCUCACCAGCUGCAGUGGCUUCAUAUCGACACAGGUGACACGCAACGACAUCAUUGUGCUUGAAGUGAGGUGCAUGUAAAGCACCACAAUCCAAUAAAACUGCUCAUCUUUUAUACAUGUACUGC